AUGCGGAAAAAUAUAGAAAGUGGUGGAAGCUGCGACAAGUUUAGUGACAAAUCGUUCAUAAACUUCCUAAAGGUAUUUCUGCAUGACCUAAUAUUUCGUUCAAUUCCCGUAACCCGCAAUCCACCCCAAAAACUAUCGUUAUCAGAUGCACCAAACGUUAGCAAAGGAAGUAAAAAAUAUUACAAGCUCAAACCAGAACUGACAGAAGCUAAUGUAUUCGUCACUAAGGCAACUUGCUUUGAGUGGGAACCUGCUACGAUAUAUGCCACGGAGGUCAAGAGGGGGCCCACGGUAAACAAUCAGACAAUGGAACGUUUACGCUGCUUUUUAUGGAAAGAACGGGAUUCUUCCAAAAGAGAUCCAACGGUUAUGCGCACUGUAAAUGGCCCAGAUGAAACAACACUGCAUAAGGAUCUCAUUUUGGGCCUAACAUGCUGUAUCAGGUUAUAUGGAAAGCGAUUCAAUUUUAUUCACUUACGGAAGUAUUUGUCCGAAGAAAUGUACCAAAAAUUGUGUAAUCCAACAAAUGAUGAUUAUGAUGAUGGCCCGCAAAUAUUGAUAGAUAGAGCUUCAAUAAUUGGCUUAUUAUGGGCCAUAACGCAGAUGAGGAAACCCUUCAUCUUCGAUUCGAUUUCAAAAAGUUUAUUUAAAGAAUACUUUGAAUCUACUACUCCAAUAGAAGCGCAAAAUUUGAUAUACAUUUUGGCAUUGGGUAAGAGAUUAGAUGUGCUUAAUGCGGAAAAGAUUGAAAAGAGCAUGCAAAACCUAUCCUCAGCAGAACUGUUGAAUUCCCUAAGUGUGAGUGACUGGAUCAUAGCGCUGAGUUGCAUGGAUAACGAUAAUUAUCAAAUUGUCACAAAGAUCAUGAAUCUAGUUGUUGAAGAAAUUGAUGGCAUGGAUAUCAACCUCAGCGUUGUGUACCUAUCGACAUUGGUGCACAUGAAAGCGUCGUCAAAGCGAUAUCCGCUCUCAUAUCGUAAAAUCAUGGCCAGAAUCGAAAACAUUUUUAGUGAUAUGCCAGUAAACGACAGUAUGAGUCAUUUAUUUCACUUGUUGUGUCAGAUACAGUGUGAUAUGAAGGGGUUCUUCGAGUCCAUUUGCACCAAGGUUAUACGCAUUAUGCAUUUAAUACCAUUGUGCGACAUGGUGAAAUUGAUGUGCGCUAUAGCAAUCUAUAGGCGAAACUGCGAGAAAGUUGGGAAUAAGUACGAAGAUGCCACCAGAAUCCCCUCCUUUAUGAACCUAGAAAACCAUGUAAUUACAAAAAUAACGUGUAGCCCCCCCUUCCCUAAAGAACUAUUGAAUUUGAUUCAUGACUCAAUAAUAGAUGGGAAAAAAAUUGAAAAUGAUGAAGAACUUUCCAAAUUAACAUCAAAAAAUAAAUUCUACGCCGCUAGUGACAAGAGCGUGAACAAAUCACACAAUGAUGCUAGUAUAUUCAAAAGCAAAAACAGUAUGGAAUUGGAAAAUGAUCAAUUUGAGUUGUCCUCGGAGGAGAGAUUCUUCUGUGCCAAUCUUCUGGAAGAUUGCUGUACCAAUAUUGAAAAGCUUGAUUCAGAUGUGAUUAUGCAGUUGGUAUAUUCCUUGCUAACUUUUAAAGUUGAUAUGACGCCUUUGGGGACGGCUGUAAAGCGUUUGGUGGAUGAAUCAGUGAUGCAGGAAAUAGAGCCAGAGGAGAUGGGAUUUAGUGUCAAUUUGAGUAGCGAAAUGAGUGACGUUGUCUCUCAGUACCGAGUAGCAGAGUCUAUCAUUCACUAUGCCCAUAGAGGGAAACAAGUGAAAGAUAAGUUUGACUUUACAGAUACACAAAGACAGUUGGAGUCAACUUUGGGUAUCAUUAUGGUUAAUUCGCGAAAUUCGUCAAAAAAACCUCAUGACAAUUCUACGACUCCCGCAUUGGGAAGCCUGCCAGUAAAUAAUAACAAUAAUGAGAAACGUGAAGCCAUGUCUAAAAAUGCAAAUAAACCAAGGCCUAAAACCCCGAAGCACAAGGAGCCCACUUGUGGAACCAAAGAUUCCAAGUUGGCCAAGUCUAAGAUAAUAGAACCUGAUAACACCCAUGUCAAGACUAGCGAUUCCAACGAGGCUGUACUGACAGACCAUGUAAAAAAACAGUUAUCACAAGAAAUACCACAUCAAAACACAACCUCCAGUGAGAAUGACCAGGGAAAACAUACAAACCCACCUUUGAAGGGUAUCUCUGGUGACCAUUAUGAUAAGAACGCGUUGGAACCUAUUAAACCCGAAGGUAGUAGUAGUAAUAAUAAUAAGUGCAAGAGAGAUGGGAGACAGUCAAUUUUGCCAUCCAUCCAUGGCGCCAAUGCAAAUACUAAUGCUGAUACGAGUGCUAGUACAUCUAAUGUGAAGUCGGGGCAAGCAAAAUCUCCUGUUUGCAACGUCAAAGUGUCCAACAAUGACAAAUUGGCUAGUGAUAAAACGGGUAAAUAUAGUGUAUUUGGUAGGAAUGGAGAGAGUGUCGGGACUUUUAAUAAUCCUCAAUCUUUGUUUGGCAUAAACAAUCCCUUACCCAUAGUUCAAGCGCCUACCGGUGCUCAUCCACAAUAUUCCACUAGUAUGAAUAUUUCAGCAGCAAAUAACUAUAACCAAAAUUUGCCACGUCACCCCCAAUUCUCAACUCAUUCCCAAGGCUCAACUGAUCGCCCCUAUUCCCUAUACCCCCAAUUCUCAACUUCAGUGCAACAACAGCAACAGAUACAACACCAAAUGCACUUGAACCACUUGAAUAACCAACUUCAAAAUCAAUUACACGGUCAAAUGGGUAUGAUCAACCCAAAUUCAGUUCAAACGCGCCAAGAAUUCAUGAUGAAUCCUACAUAUGCAAAUUAUCAAAAUUAUUAUACGAGCGGUGCAUCUAACAAUAUGAAUCCUGUGUCUAAUAAUGUGCACAAGGGUAAUACUGGUCAGAACAUACAGGAAAAUACAUUUAGUGGCAUAAAUGAACAAAACUAUCAAACUUCAGGCACACAAGAUGGUGUGUCUAAUAUUAGUUAUAGAGGUAUAGAAUCUGGUAACCCCCAUAUGAGUAACCCUUUGCCCGUACUUUGCCAGAACUAUGAAGCGUACAAUCCGCAUCAUUACAUAGAUCCACCUAUGCCUACGCAACCUUUAAAUACACAACAACUGAACAAUCCUUAUGCGCGAUACGACAAUGAGUGCUUCCCGAAGCCUUCUUCCAUAUUGGACCUGAAAAAUCAAAUUCACAUCAUUGAGUUAGAGAUUGAGAGGGAGAGAUUAAAAGAACUGGAGCGGAAGAUGGCCUUUAUGAACAAUUAA